GACUGGGCUGGGGAGAGCGGGUGUUUAGCAGGGGUGCUAUGGGAAGAGCCUUCUGGUUUCAAAUGAGGAUGCUCUGCCAACCAGAGCGGCUCGCUCGCUGGCCUGGGCUCUAGCAGAGGAGAGAUCCCGGGAGAACUCCAGAGCUUCGCGGAAGCGCUCCUCGGAGCCCCGGCUCAUCAUGCCUGUUCGCAGGGGGCAUGUGGCACCGCAAAACACGUUUUUGGGGACCAUCAUACGGAAAUUUGAAGGGCAAAAUAAAAAAUUCAUCAUUGCAAAUGCCAGAGUGCAAAACUGUGCCAUCAUCUACUGCAAUGAUGGGUUCUGCGAGAUGACUGGUUUCUCCAGGCCAGAUGUCAUGCAGAAGCCGUGCACCUGCGACUUUCUCCAUGGGCCCGAGACCAAGAGGCAUGAUAUUGCCCAAAUUGCCCAGGCAUUGUUGGGGUCAGAAGAGAGGAAAGUGGAGGUCACUUACUAUCACAAAAAUGCAACACCAACUCUCGGAGAUUCCUAUGUGAUGGAUACUGAGGUCAUAACACGUAUGAGUGUGACAUUUAGUGUGACUCAACGCCCUAUAUAA